AUGACAGAGUUGAGGUUGGAUUACAUUGAGCUGCUUCAACAGGAAGUCAACAAGAAUCCUGACAGGCUGCAGGAUGGCGGGACAGAGGAGGUGCAGAAGGAGGAGGAGUCUCCUCCCUGCAGGACUCUCCCUCAUCUCUGUUUUCCCCAGAGGAUGGUGGUCUCCCCAGGCCAGGGGGGUACACCCGUCACCCCCCAGCUCACCCAGAGUCUGAGGAAGAUCCUGUUUGGAGGAACGUUUCACGUCUUUGACUACGAGUGGAGGAGAUCUUCCUUUCAGUUCAGAGAGACGGAGUCAGAGGUCUCCUACGGUCUGGCCACGGACAGCGGCGGGGUCCGGCCUGUUCAGAUGGUGGUCCAGGCUCGAGUCAUUAAAUACCUGCUGUUCAUGCGGCAGAGCAGCGAAGAGGGACGGACACUGCUCAGUCUGUGUGUGGGACAGAAGGAUCAGGAGAAGGCGUUGGCGGCAACGUUGUCCGACAGCCUCUGGUUGGCCGGCCAGGAUGCCAGCGCCACCGUUACCUUGGUAACCAAAGACUACUGCGUCACGCCUCACCUGGACUACAAACUGGACAACUUCACAGAAAGGCUGCAGCUGUUCACGUUCAGCCAGAAAGAAGACGUCAGGAAGUUCAUCCUGGAGCACAUUCACUGUUUUAAAGACAAGGGGAGUCACGGAGUCAUCCUGUUUCUCUACAGCCUUGUCUGCUCCCGGACCAUAGAAAGGCUGGAGGAAGAUCUGGACUCCAGCACAUCUCACCUGCUGUACCGGAGUCUGGGGACCUUCGUCUGCCGCCAGGCCCUGCUGAACCUGCUGCUGACAGGACGGGCGUGUCCCAACGUCUUUAACGGGACGCUGCUGUUUGGGGAGGACGGGCUUCCUCUGCAGCGCCCCCUGCAGGGCAUCGCCUCACGCUGUGAUGUCGGAUACUUACACUGGAGCAGAGAGGAGAUGGAGAGAGGUCGCCUGCUGCAGGUGGGCAGCAUGCUGAAGACUCCCAUGUUUCCUAUCUGGCUCUGCUGUAUCAACAGCAGCUACUCGGUGGUGUUCAGUCUGAACCGCUCGCUGCUCUCUGAUUGGAAGAUGGAGCACCUGUUCCACCUGUACUACUACAGUGGCCAGAGCUCACAGACAACCACAGACAGGCUGACUGUCGAUACUCACUCUCACCACUGGGAGGCGCCAGCAGACGGAGACCCGGAGAAAAGGUUCCCGUCUCUAGAGAUGACCAUCAGGACCAAGUGGGCUGGAGCCGCGGUCAACUGGAGCGACCACGCCCCUUUCUACUGA